AUGUCCAUGGGUCCAUCAUUGAGCGUGAACACCCCCUACACCUACUACCAGCCAGAAUCUUCUGAAGAGAUCCUUCGGCUUCGAGGCGGGUCAAAGGAGAGGAAGAAGCGCCAGGCUGCGGCCGACGCGGAGGGGCACCAGCAAGGUGGACAAUUGCCGGGCGAGAAGAUUGCAGAAGAGCAGCCUCAGCAGACCGCCGUUUAG